AUGAACAUCAAACCUUUCCUUCAUGAACACUACUUGUUGUUUGAUUGUUACCACAAUGAAGAGGCGAGAUGUGAUCAAUGCAAUCAGCAAAUUGAUGGGUGGGCUUAUAGUUGCGAAAGUUGCCCUAAGUUCUGGUUGCAUUCAUCUUGUGCAGAAGAGCAACUGCCUUCUCAGAUUUCACACCCCUUCCAUACCCAACACCUCCUUACUCUUUCCACCGACGACUUCGAUGGUGUCGAUUUCAUUUGCCACAAAUGUUUCUCUCUUUCUCGAGGCCACAGGUAUCGUCGCACUAAUUGUAAUCUCAAAGUUGAUGUCUCAUGCGCUGCUUCCGCCAAUGAUGCGACACUGGAGAAAUUAGAGAGCAAAAGAUCUGAUGACAGUUCUUUUGAAUUUCCAAAUUUCGUCCACGAACAUCGCUUGACGGGCAUCUUCAACUAUAGAAAAGUGAGCAGCGAAGCUUUGAUACCAAAACUGAGGGAGCAAGAGGACACAGGGAAGGGCAAUGCAGAAUCUCAAAGUCAAGAUCUUGAAAGGCAAAUUGAACAUUUUACUCGUGGACAUCCCCUAAGCCACUAUGAGAUAAUUGAAGAUGUUCUCUGCAAGGCUUGCAAUUUGGAGAUUUAUGGGCAAGCCUAUGGCUGUGCAAGUUGCAAAUACUACUUGCACAAUCAAUGCGCCAAAUUGUCCUAUGAAGUGUUUCAUCCUCUUCACCCCCACCAUCCUCUCCAUCUCUAUAAGGGUGGGGAUUUUUAUUGUGGUGAAUGUGGAGAUGUGUCGGCUGGGUUUGGCUACGUCUGCUAUUUGUGCGGUUUCAUGCUUGAUUUGAAAUGUUUUACUUUAAAAGAGCCCAAGGUUCAAAGGCUAAAAGAGAUGGCCAGAGAAUCGAAGACAAAGUUGUGCCUUUUCCAACAAGAUCACGAGCUUUUUUUCGCCAAUUUUAGCCAAGACUUUGAAAACUAUCCGUGCAGUAUUUGCUUCUUACCAAUUUCAGGUAGAAAUUAUGCAUGCUUUCGUUGUGGUUAUGCCCUUCAUGAAUCCUGUCUUGGAUUUCCAUGGGAGAUGGCACUCCCAUUUCAUCCGGAACACCCCCUGCACCUAAUUUUAAAUCACUUCUUUGACGUAUUCUGUCUUGCCUGCCGUGGUCCAACCCGUACUGAUUCCAUCGUCUAUAAUUGUCAGCAAUGUAGACCCAUCAGCCUCCAUUUUUUAUGUGCAAAUUCCUUGUGGCGACCCCUAGAAUCCAGGUCUCACCCGCAUCCUCUUUUCUAUUUUGGAACCGAAUGCCAAAAACUCUUCAAACUGUUCGACGAAUUCUCUGAACGAGGUUUCCCUUUCCAAUGUUGUAAAUGCUACAAACUUUGUAUUGGUGUGCCUUUCUAUCGCUGCGUGUUGUGUCAAAUCAAUUUUCAUUUCGAAUGUGUCCCUAUCCCAUAUUUCAUUAAAUCUAAAUGUCAUAUCCACCCUUUCACCCUUAGAGACUGUUUCGUAGAAGAUGAUUCAGAAAAAUAUUUUUGUGAUGUUUGCAAAGCAGAAAGACAUCCAAAAGAUCACAUCUACUUCUGUGAAGAAUGUCAAGGAUUAUUUGUCGCUCACAUUGAAUGUGUGCUCCACAAUAUGGUGGAAGAAAUAGCACCAGCAGAAGAGCCAUCCUCAAAUUUGGUAUUAGACUUUGAGAACACCUCUAUCCAGGGUGAGAGUGGAGUGUCCACAGAUGAAUCAACCUCAAAUUUGGUAUUAGACUUUGAGAACAUCUCUACCCAGGCUGAGAGUGAAAUGUCCACAGAUGAAUCAACAGAAGAGCAGCAAAGCGACGAAGAAAAUCCAGCAAUGAAGGAAUGAAUUGAAGAGCAGCAGAGUGAUUAAGAAAAAUUAGUUCUGUAUUUGCUUUGCUAGAUGAAGCAUAUAAUUUUAUCAAGGAAACUAUUAUCACUUGAAGGAAAGUGCAUGUAUAUUGUUUGUUGCAUACUUGAAGGAAAAUAUUGUUUGAUAAUAGCAAUUGAAA